AUGGAAAAAACGUUACCACUACCACGUAUACCUACGAACGUGGUGUUUUAUAAAAGACAACUCUGGCUUUAUAACUGCGGCGUCAAUGUGUCCUCUACAAAUGAAGGAUAUUGUUUUGUUUGGGUUGAGGGUGAAGCUGGAAGGGGUGCCCAAGAAGUUGGAUCUUGUAUGAUAAAGUUCAUAAAAGAAAUAAUGCGUCCUAAUGUUGAACGCCUGUCAUUGUGGAGCGAUAGUUGCGGAGGCCAAAACCGCAACAUUAAAAUGGUGCUCUUACUUAAAGUCAUUUUAGCAAGCCAUCCUACCCUAAAAGCCAAAUUAAAUGACCUUAAGUCAAUGUUUAAUCUAAUCCCUGAAGACUGCUUAUUAUUUUAUAAAAGCCUGAAGGGCAUGGAAGGACCCGACUUUAUUGAAGGGUUCUCUAGUGAGGCUGAAUACGAAUUAGAAGACCAGGACGACGAAGAGCUUUCAUCUUAG